AGGUUUUUCGAGAGACUCUCUGUCUUCACUUCUCUCUCUCUCUCUCUCCCUAAGACGCUGCACGCUACGCGAGAGUCCCGAGCGACCCACUAGACUCUUCCGGAUCUAAUGCGAAGAAAUAGAGGGAGAUUCCUCUGCUCUCCUCUGGUUCUUUCUCAGGCAUUCUUUGUUCUCUUUGUCGUCUUCCCUUUUGCUGUUUUAUAUGGUUAAUGCGUCAUGCCAUUCGAUCCCUGGUUUAGGGCGUUGCCCGGUUUUGCCACCCGGAAAUAAGACCCCCCCCCCUGUGGUUGGAUUUCGUCACCUCGAUUUUGGGUUCCUGAGAAAGAACCCAGGAAGAGAGAAGGAAGUAUGAUUUGUUCGUCGGUUUUGCCAGACAAACCAUCCGUGGCGGUCACCGCUUGCAAGAUGCUAAAACCCCCGCCGAAGCCAUCGCCCCUUUGCGCCGGGCCUAUCCUCUGUACUCAGAACAAGAACCCCAACACCAUGAACAAGCCAUCGAAGAAGCCGAAAGUGACCAUCGCCAGCCCUAUCCUGGUGAUCCCAAGUCCAGUCUCCGAGGGGAGAUUAAGGAAAAACAGGGGAUGCGAGGAAAGGAAGGAUUUUCUUCAAGUGGGUGGUCGACAGAUGGCGGGCUUGUGUGGUUUUGGGUAUUGGGUUCAGGGUUUCAGGUGCUUCCCGUGGUUGGCUUUGAAUUUCCACAUGGCCCGCAAUCUCAAGCUGCCUCCAUCCACCUUGCAGCUUGUGCAGUAUUCUGGGAAUCUGCCCAUGGUGGCCAAGCCUCUGUAUGGGAUAUUGUCUGAUGCUAUUUACGUUGGUGGUGCUCACAGGUUGCCAUAUCUUUCGGCAGGAGUGCUUCUACAGGUUCUCUCUUGGGGACCAUUGGCAUUGAUCCCUCUUGCUCGUGAAGCUCUUCCAAACCUUGUGGCAUGUGUUCUUCUCAGCAAUAUAGGUGCAUCUAUUAGUGAAGUUGCUAUGGAUGCUCUUGUUGCGGAGUAUGGUCAGAAACACAACUUACGUGGUCUCCAGUCUUACGCAUUCAUGGCUUCAGCAGCUGGUGGAAUCCUUGGAAACUUGCUAGGCGGAUAUAUUCUUCUUAGAACACCACCAAAAGACAUGUUCUUCAUAUUUACGUGCCUUCUUUCCCUUCAGUUUGCCAUGUCAUUGAUGACAAAAGAAGCAUCUCUUGGAGUAUCUCAGCCGUCAGUUAACACUCUAAAAAAGAAGUCGAUCUUGCUUAGCAUUAGAAAUCAACUCUCAGAUUUGUUAAGGGCGGUUCGUGAAGAGAGCAUCUCCGGCCCUCUUGCUUGGAUCGUGCUUUCUAUCAUGAUGGUGCCGAUUCUGUCUGGUUCGAUUUUCUGCUUUCAAACUCAAUGUCUACAUCUUGAUCCUACAGUUAUCGGGAUGUCACGCGUAAUAGGCCAGUUGCUCCUGCUUUUCACGUCAAUACUCUUUGACCGGUAUUGGAAAAAUAUUUCGAUGAGGAGAUUAAUUGGAGUGGUGCAGGUUUUGUACGCGUGCUUGCUUCUUCUAGACCUAGUUCUGGUGAGGCAGAUCAAUCUGAAGUUGGGAAUUCCCAAUGAUGUGUUCUCCCUUUGUUUUUCUGGUCUAGCAGAGACAAUUGCACAGUUUAAGCUCCUUCCGUUUUCAGUGCUGUUUGCUAAUUUAUGUCCACAGGGUUGUGAAGGAUCUCUGACAUCUUUCUUAGCAUCGGCCUUGUGUUUGUCGUCAAUAUUUAGCGGGUUUCUGGGUGUUGGAUUAGCAUCACUUAUCAGGAUCACCUCCGGCGAUUACUCAAGCCUGCCUGUGGGGAUUCUGAUACAGUUUAUGGUGGCUUUGCUGCCCAUGGCGUGGAUUCAUCUUUUGCCUGUGUCACUAAAUACUGUUGAGAAGGACAGAAAAAGAGGCUUGAGUAAACGAAGACGAAGAAACAGAAGAGUGGGACGAGUGGUGUUUGGCUCAGUAAUAUCUUACAGGCGCGAGAGAGUCUGAGACACUGAGAUAGAAAUCACCAUGAGAUGUCUUUGCACUUUUGGAAUCGGUAAUAGAAGUGCGCACGCGAUUACCAUUACUCGGCAUCUGUCGUCCGGUGAAGGAACUCAGAUUGGAUGGCCAUUUUAGACUCUGAAAACGAUUGCUUCUCAGCCCAAAAACUUCGAUAACUUUCCUUCUCCUUCAUGACUUCAAAGCUGUUAUCAGGAAAAAAGGGAGGUUUCUGGAUGUUCUAACAACUGCAUUAUUUCUUUGUGAUCCUUAAUUUCAUGAAGGUAUUUGGUUCCCUAAUAAAGAAGGCUUGAGGAUUUUUUCAGGCCAGAGAACCUUCGACAAGAUCUUCAGCAACUCAACUUGCCACAGGAGCUUUCUGAGGAAGUUGGGGGGGGUGCUGGACUCGACAGAUGAGUCCUAACAUCAGUAUAAAGUGAGAUCCUGAGGCUUCAUCCUCCCGCGAGGAGCUCAAAUUUUUGUUGAUGUAAAUAGUUUUCUGACUUAUAGGAGGUUAUGGAUGGUGAUUUUGGAGUUGAAAAGGAAUUGCAGCUUUUGUAGCUUCCAUCCAUUUCUGGCAUUAGCUUCUUCAACCAAACAUCUUUUGGCAGACCCCAGUCAAAGAAAAUGAUCUCUGGAGUCAUCAUGCUACUGAUAGAGGACACAAGUCUUUAAGAUGUUACAGUUCUGCCAAUAAGCUUUAGUUUUUACUUUGCUACCAUUUAAAAUCUACUCGUUCUUUUCGUUGUUUUGCACGAGUCUUUUCUUUUUGUCGAAUUAACGAAUGAAAUCGGUUGGAGGGAUAUGGCUCUGCGCUGCUGCUGAA